AUGUCUGUCGUCUCGUUGCUAGGUGUCAAGGUGCUGAACAACCCCGCCAAGUUCACCGACAAAUACGAGUUUGAGAUCACGUUUGAGUGUUUGGAAGGCUUAGAAAAAGACCUUGAAUGGAAGCUUACCUAUGUUGGUUCUGCUACCUCAGAUCAAUAUGACCAGGAGCUAGAUUCACUUCUUGUCGGACCAGUCCCGGUCGGAGUCAACAAGUUUCUGUUCGAGGCCGACGCUCCCAAAAUCACGCGAAUCCCCGACGCCGAGGUUAUUGGAGUCACGGUGAUUCUCCUAACGUGUGCCUAUGACGGCCGUGAAUUUGUCCGAGUAGGCUACUACGUAAACAAUGAAUAUGAUUCGGAGGAACUUAACGCUGAGCCACCGGCUAAACCCAUCAUUGAGCGCGUGCGACGCAACGUGCUCGCCGAGAAGCCUCGUGUAACUCGCUUCGCCAUUAAAUGGGACUCUGAGGCUUCUGCUCCCCCCGAGUUCCCCCCGGAGCAGCCUGAAGCCGACCUCGUUGCCGACGGUGAGGAGUAUGGAGCUGAGGAGGCAGAGGAAGAGGCUGCUGCCGAGGCUGCUGACAAGGCUGAGGUCCAACCUGGCGAUGAUGCUGAGAUGGCCGGAGUAGAGCAAGAGAACGGAAAUCCCGAGCAGAAUGGACAAGACGAGGAAGAAAUGUCCGAAGACGGCAGCGUUGACAUCGAAGGAGAGAGUGAAGACGAGCUCGAGGAGGAGGAGGAAGGUGAGGGCGGAGCUGAAGGUGGGGAAGACGAUGCCAUGGAGGUGGACGAUGCUGAGAAGCAGGCGGAUGCUCCAGUUGCUCAGCCCGUGACGGUUACCUCGUAG